GGGCUGAGCGGUGCCGGCCGCGGGGGCGGAGGGCAGCGCGGGGCCGGCCGGGCUGGCGGCGGGGCUGCCGCGCCGGGCCAGACUCAGCCCCUUUCUCCCGGCGGCGGCGGCUGCGAGCGCGCUGCGGCUGGAGCUGCCCCCAGAGCGGCUGGUGAUGAUGGCGGCGGCGCGGGCUCGGCAGCGGGAGGCGCCCGCCCAGCCCUGCGCGCCGCGCCGCUAGCGGCAGCGCCCGUGCCCGCGGCGGCCGCCCCGGCCCAUGCCCCGGGGGGAAGGGGGGCUGCAGCAGCCCGGCGAGCCGCCCACCCGCGCAGCGGGGGCAUCGCCCCCACUCGCCGCUCCUGGGAGGGCGGAAAGGAGGCAGCGGCGGCGGCGGCGGCGGCGGCGGCUUUGUGCGCGGCGGGCGGAUCGCAGGCCGCGGGGCUCGCCGGCCCCAGCCCCAUGAACCAGCCGGACGGCUCCGCUCCGGCGGCGGCGGCAGCGCAGGCCGACGAGAGCAACAGCAGUGGGCGGAGGAGCUCUUCCAGCAGGGAGUGUUUGAAGAGGAGCCCACGGAGCCCGAAAGCCGAGGGCUCCGACUCGGUGACAUCUCAGUCCUCCCCCAGUGAAGAGGCUGGAAUGAUGACUGAGGUGAAAGUGAAGACAGAGGUACCAGAUGACUACAUCGAGGAGGUGAUCUGGCAGGAUGACACCAAAGAUUCCAAGAAGAACAUCAAGGAUGGCCCGGGGGAUGUGCCUGCGGAGAUCUGCGUGGUCAUCGGCGGCGUGCGCAACCAGCAGACGCUCGAUGGAAAAGCAGUGGAACGUGGCUCUCCCGUUGGAUAUACACGAAAUCGAUAUUCAGGGACCUGGAUUUUUGACCAUGCAUUGAGAUACACGUCCGGGUCUUACGAGUGUGGAAUAUGUGGGAAGAAGUACAAGUAUUACAACUGUUUCCAGACCCAUGUGCGAGCACACAGAGACACCGAAGCUGCCUCAGGGGAAGGAGCCUCACAAGGCAGUGCCCCUCUGGCUGCGGAAAGGGAGAAGAAGCCUCUCUCCAGAGCUGUCUUUGUGCUGCCCUGGGUGGAAUCCACAGAAACAAACAAUUUUAGGUACACGUGUGACAUUUGUGGGAAAAAAUAUAAAUACUAUAGCUGCUUCCAAGAGCACAGAGACCUACAUGCCGUGGAUGACCCCUACGACCAGGCUGUCAUUGCUGCCGACGAGGUGAAGGAGGAGGAGCCCGAACCCUUCCAGAAGAUUGGGCCAAAGACUGGCAAUUACACCUGUGAGUUCUGUGGCAAGCAGUACAAGUACUACACUCCCUACCAGGAGCACGUGGCUCUGCACGCCCCCAUCAGCACUAGUUCUGAGUGUUCAUAUCCAGAGUUCUCUCGAUCUCCACUCUUCGUGGCAGUGAAGACACAGACAAGCCAGUCCAGCAAAAAGUCUCCAGCGUCCAUAAACCGCUGCUCCACCCUCCUGCACCGCUCGCCCUCCGGGGUCCCGCCCGCCUCCCAAUCCCAGAUGUUCCGCACUCCAAAUUCCGCAUCCCCAGGAAGCAAGGCCAUCACAGAAAGUGCUUUCAGCAGAAGAGUGGAAGGCAAAGUGCAAAACAACUUUGAAGAAACAAACAGCAAUUCCCAGAACUCCAGUGCUGGUCAUUCGGGGACAGAAAAACCUAAAGAAAAGAGGUGUAAGCAGAACCCAUCAGAAACCGCAAGUCCCCUGAUUUCAAAUCCUUUCCCGCUUUUACAAAAGCCUUACACCUGUGGAGCUUGUGGAAUCCAGUUCCAGUUUUAUAACAAUCUCCUGGAGCACAUGCAGUCCCAUGCAGCUGACAAUGAGAACAACGUUGCCUCCAGCCAGCCCAGGUCACCUCUCCCCGUGGUUGAAGAAAAGUGGAAACCACAGCUCCAAAGAAAUAACGCCAACAACACGUCGGCGAGCGGCUCGCUGGGGAACAGCGCGAUCCCGGAGAAGGAGCGGCAGAACAUCGCCGAGAGGCUGCUGCGGGUGAUGUGCACCGACCUCGGGGCGCUCAGCGUGCUCAGCGGCAAGGAGUUCAUCAAGCUGGCACAGACACUGGUGGAUAGCGGGGCUCGCUACGGUGCCUUCUCCGUCACCGAGAUCCUGGGCAACUUCAACACCCUGGCUCUGAAGCACCUGCCCCGGAUGUACAACCAGGUGAAGGUGAAGGUCACCUGCGCCCUGGGCAGCAACGCCUGCCUCGGCAUCGGGGUCACCUGCCACUCGCAGAGCGUGGGCCCCGACUCCUGCUACAUCCUCACCGCCUACCAGGUGGAGGGCAACCACAUCAAGAGCUACGUCCUGGGCAUUAAGGGCAUAGACAUUCGAGACAACGGUGAUUUUAUCCACCACUGGGUGCAGAACGUGCUGUCGGAGUUUGUGAUGUCAGAGAUCAGGACGGUGUACGUGACAGACUGCAAGGUCAACUCGUCGGCGUUCUCCAAGGCGGGCAUGUGCCUGCGCUGCUCGGCCUGUGCCUUGAACUCGGUGGUGCAGAGCGUGCUCAACAAGAGAACACUGCAGGCUCGCAACAUGCACGAGGUGAUCGAGCUCCUCAAUGUCUGUGAAGACCUGGCGGGGUCCACCGGCCUCUCCAAGGAGACCUUUGGCUCCCUAGAGGAGACCUCCCCGCCGCCCUGCUGGAACUCGGUCACCGACUCCCUGCUGCUCGUCCACGAGCGCUACGAGCAGAUCUGCGAGUUCUACAGCAGGGCCAAGAAGAUGAACCUCAUCCAAAACCUGAACAAACACCUGCUCAGCAACCUGGCAGCCAUCCUGGCGCCGGUGAAACAGGCCGUGAUCGAGCUGAGCAACGAGAGCCGGCCCACGCUGCAGCUGGUGCUGCCCACCUACGUCAAACUGGAGAAACUCUUCACUUCCAAAGCCAACGAUGCUGGCGUGGUCAGCAAACUCUGUCACCUCUUCUUGGAGGCGCUGAAGGAGAACUUCAAAGUUCACUCAGCACACAAGGUAGCCAUGAUCUUGGACCCUCAGCAGAAGCUGCGGCCCGUCCCGCCCUACCAGCACGAAGAGAUCAUCGGCAAGGUCUGUGAGCUGAUCAAUGAGGUGAAAGAGUCCUGGGCAGAAGAAACAGAAUUUGAACCUUCAACCAAGAAGCCUCGUGCAGCAGGGGAGGCCACAGCAGCUCAGGAAGAAGAUUGGUUCGGGAAAAAUGAAGUCUAUGAUUAUUUGCAAGAACCUCUCUUCCAGGCCACCCCUGACCUGUUUCAGUACUGGUCGUGUGUUACCCAAAAGCAUACAAAACUAGCCAAGCUGGCCUUUUGGCUCUUAGCAGUGCCUGCUGUGGGUGCCAGGAGCGAAUGUGUAAAUAUGUGUGAGCAGGCGCUCUUGAUCAAAAGGAGGCGGCUACUCAGUCCAGAAGACAUGAACAAACUCAUGUUUUUGAAGUCCAACAUGCUUUAAGACUGUCUUUUAAUUAAAACAAAACUUUAAAACACUGUUCCAAACAAAGAAAAAGAAAUUUAAGUUCUAAACACUGUGGACCUCAUUAUGAAUGCCCCUGGAAACCAAGUGCUUUUUUAUAUAUAUAUAAAAAUAUAAAUAUAUAUAAAAUUAAGUUUGAAAGGAAAGCUGAGCACGGGAGAGAGACAGCCCUCUGCCAGGAACGUGCUCCUUUCCAUAGUUAGUGUGUGGACUUGACAGACUUUCUAAUGUUUUCAAGUGGGCAGACGAAUGGGAGGCUGAUGUUCUAAAGUCUUCAGGCAGCUGAGAUCUAAAGUGACUUGAAGUUUCUUUUGUUUCUCCUCCACCCCACCUUUCCUCUUGUCCCCUGGGCCAUCUUGCCAUGGAUAAUCAGACUCCAUUGACCAGACCAGUUCUGCGCUGGACUUUGCUCCUUUGAAUAACUGUACACCUUGGGGGCACUUGGCUGCAGCCUUCUUGGCCCAGUGCAGGAAUCAGAGCAGCUGUGUUCCACCAACACCGCUAUCUUUAGAAAUCAGGAAGGGAGGCUUUAAGGUUUUUGAUCUUUAAUUUUAUUUUUAACCUUUCCAUAUCCUUUUUUUUUCCCAAAAACCAAAAGUUACUCCUUUGUCUGCACUCCCAGUUUUGAGUUUGACAUGGCAGCAAGUGAUUAUAAGUUUGAUUUCAAACUAAGAGAAGUGGUUCAUGGCAGAAACUGUCAGUAGUUGUUACAUUUCUUGGCUUUUUUUUUUUUUUUUACUGCAGAACUUCUUUUCUGAACUCCCGGUGUUAAUUAGCUUUUCUGUGAAUUUUGUACAUCAGAUGUUCUAGAGUAGCCCAUUUGCAGUGGGAACCACAGCAGUUGUUUAUGUGGCAAAGCCUAGAAACCAGGAAAAGCAAAUGGUGACAGCACAGGUGGCUGUGGGCUGCCAGUGAGCUUGCCAGCUCUGCCAGAGAACCCUUGUACCUAAAGCUUUUUGUUAAAAAGUGUCUCAGUGACACUCAAACCACCCUUCCCAAGGCCAAGGACAAACCAAGGUGUAUGAUUUUUCAGAGGAACAAAGCUCACCAAUUUUGUCAAACUGGGGUUUGAAGGAAGCUUAGAGAAGUGCAUGGGCUCAAAGAUCCUUCUGAAUGUAAGUGCUCCUGACUGAGUGCAAAGAAUAUCUUCCCAUUUUUGUUUGGAAUGGUUUCCUCUAGUGGCACGAAUGUCUUUUUGAUACCUACAGUGCAUUACACUACUUGUUCUGUUGCUGACCUGUUCUGGCCAGGAAGGCCACGGGCCCCAAAACGUUCACACGUAACUGGCUCACCCCAAAUGCAAUUAGAGAUCCCCAUAACCCCAAACCACCUCGGUCACUCUGCUGUCCCCAAGGCCAGAGCUCCUGCAGCCACAGCUCCUGGGCUGCUGGACAGGCUCUGCUGGGUUUGGUGCCUCUUGGACAAUUCCCAAUCUCUGGUGCCAAACUCUGCAUUUUUCACCGCUGGGACUUGUCUCCCAGAGGAAAACUGAAACAAAUUCUUGUUUGUUCAGCAGUCUGUCCUGCUUCCAGGAGCUCUGGAGCUGCGGUCCCGUGGCAUGGGAGGGUCGGGAGGAGGGACUGGCCCUGCUGGGAGCAGGCUGGAGCCCUUCAGCAGCACGGGGAGUUUGCUGCUGGCUGACAGUGCAGGGCCCUCUCUGAAGUGCUGCUGUUGACCAGAUGUUAAACCAGAUGUUAAACCAGAUGUUAAACCAGAUGUUAAACCAGGAUCCCACCUGCUCAGCUCUGGCUGUAAGAGAAGUUGCAAGUUCCAAGACAUGAGAAGUAGCAAACCCAAUCUCAGGCUUUGUGUGCAGAUGCCUUGAACCUCACGGGCACUCCCUGACACCUGCACUGCCACAGGACUCAGGGGCACAGUUUGCACGCUGGACCCUUCCCCACACCAGGCUCAAGAGGACAGACCUUGGCACCAGCUGUCCUGCCCUUUCCAGCCCUUUCAGCCUUCCAUUGCCUUGAGGCUGGUGUUUGGGUUGACCUCUCAGCACUGUUACUGCCAUCAGGCCACAACCAUUGUCUCCUAAAAUGUUAAAUUUUUGCCUAAAGCACACGGCCUGCCACAUGAACGGGAGCUGCCAAGGCAGAGGCUCUUGGACUGCUGCCUUAUCUGGCAAUGGCUGAUGGAGGGGCUGCUUGCAGGUCCAGCUUUCCUUCUUGCUGGUUUUGUUUUCUCCUGUACAAACCCCUGCACACCCAGACAAAAAUGAACCCUGAGUGAGUGAGACGUGUGCCAGGCCCACGGACAGCAGGAAAACUUGAGUGGUCCCCAAACAGAGGGUGCCACACGGCUCAGCUGAUGGCACAGGGAUCAGCAUUGGCAGCUCCUUCUCCUAACAGCACAUUACACUUUUGGUGUGGUUCACCUGAGACCCUGAGAGCUCUCUGAUGCUCAGGGGAACACGCAAAGUCCUUGCACUCCUUUGGAAAGACAGCUCCAGCCCCCAGCCCUCCUUUGCUAAGGGACACAUCGAUGAUUUCUGUGGAAUUUGCCAACUUGGGCUCAUGUCUGUGUGAGGCAUCGAGGGUGGGAAGUGAGCAAGACAGAGUUAGCACAGCUGUAAAUCCCUGGAAUUGAGAAAAGGGCAAACUGCAGGGAUUUGUGGCCAGCAGUGGGCAGGACUGGUGCAGACUGAGGGCACACAGGCAGGAGGGCCACAGCCAUCCCUACCUCCCGUCCCACCUCCCCUCUCCCUCCUCACACUGUGGGCUUGGCACCAGAGCUGAGGUUUUCUUGUGGUGCUGACCAAAGAGAGGGAUGGACUGGCCCUCUCCCCAUCCCAAAAACUGCCCCUCUGAGGCGGCUUUGGUUGUAGUUGCACUAAUGAUGGGUGUUAAACGGUGGUGUCGGGUGGAUGAGAUUCUGCCAAAGACUUAAAAGCUGGAAAAGCAAGAGAAAGCCUAAAGGCCUAAAAUGGAGCAUUCUCAGAGGCGGUGAGGAGAGGGGCUGCUUGGGGAGCCCCUUCUCCAGAGACUCAGUGGAGGAAGGUGCAGCUUUUCCUGACUCUUGCAUGAGGAGUUUUGUGCUGGGUCUGCUCCAGGCUCUCUCUGGGUCACUUAGGCCUCAGGAAAAGCAGAGAAGCACAUCUGUAGCACAUGAAUUUACCUUAAAUGCCAAGCUUUUAUUCCUCUUCCUACUUCCUUCUUCAAGGCUUGAAUUCACAUUGUAGGGAGCAAAACUACUUUACCAAGGUCUGAAAUUUGGAAGCUCUUAUUUGCCAGGUUGCUCCAGCCCGAGCUGCUCUGUUCCUGCUCCGUGGUGCCUCAGGGCUGCAGAACCUCGGGUGUUGUAGGGAACUCUGCUGGUCCUGGAGUGGGAGACUGCCCUGAGAGGCUCUGAGUUUGGCCAGGGCUGUCAUGAGGUUCUGCUCCCUUUGAGCUGGGAGGAGAGAUCCUCAGAACUGGGAUCAUCCUCUGCUGGGUCAUGUUGGGAAUUUGCCUUCUGCUUGUUAGUUUCCUUUAAUCUCCCUUGUGAAAUGUGUCGGAUGCAGGAAUGGUGUGUGGCCUCCAGGCACCCACCUGGAACUGCUGCUGCCUGUGCCUGACCUCGCAGACUUCUCUUCCUGCCUUCACAGGGAGCUCUGGGAGCGUUCUGACCUUUAGGUGGGGAACAAUCACCACCAGGUGAACUCAGAGAGAGAGAGGAGCCUGUCUGAACAUCCUUGUUUCUGAAGAGCAUUGCACAGAGGCAGAGCUUUUCAGGAGGUUGUUUCUGUGUGGGUGCAGCAGCCAGGUCAGGAAGGAUUUGUCUCCUGUGUCUCUCAGUGAGCAGUGGCUGUGUUUGACUUGCACCUGGGUGGAGUUGAGAUGGAGGUGAAUUUGCUGUCCAAGCUCUCUGUCUGUGCUAAGGAAGCUGCUUUGGCUGACUUUGAACUGGUGCAAUCUGCAGAACUUUCUGUGAAAGCCGACUGAGGGCUCAGGUUUUGUCUAACUCAGUUGUUCGUUCAUUGCUGGUUAAGCCAGUUUAACUUUGAGCUGAACUGCUUUAGCAUCCACACAAACCACCUGCACUGCUUUAUCUGUGCUUGCUGGGCAGAGGUGAUGCCCAGCAGCAACUCAGGGAGUCGUGGCCCUUAUGUGAAUUUUGCAAAUGAAUUUGCAGCAGAUGCUCUCAGAACUUGGGAAUGACUGAAAAUGGUGGGGAGACACUUCUGGAAAUGACUUGGGCUCUAAAUGGUGGCAUUGGAGUGUUCAGUGAGAUGGCUCAGGUGGGUGGGUGGGUGCUUUUUCUCCAAGUGUCUGCAAUAACCCAGAAGAUUUAGCGUGGGAAGGAAUUAACAGAAAUGUUUGUGUUGGGUGCUGAGUCUGCUCACAGGAGCCAGUGCCACUGUGGCCAUGGCGAGUUCCCUGCUGCUCCCACCGUGCCCUGGCUGUUUCUAGGCAGCACCACGUUACUGAUGAAUCAAAAGACACUGAAAGAGCAGCCAGGGAGGUGCUGCAAGGCUUGGCUGCUGCUUUGUGCUGAGGAAAGGCUUGGAUCUCUGUUUCCUGGCUGAGGGAGAGGCAGGAGCUCCUGUGAGCAUUCACACAGGAAGGGACAAGCUGCUCCCUAGCAUGGGAGAAAAAUAAAAAAGAUACUAAAGGCAGAUUCUGGGAAGCCUCUUCAGGCAGGAGACCUCUGUUCCUCUGGGAGGAGUCUGUGAGGGAGUGUUUUGAGUCAUGGAAGACAAGGCUGCAGAGUGGAGCUCUCUCCAUGAGACACGAGGCUGGACCUUGCCAAGAGAAAGGAACUGGGUGGGAAGUGCCAGGCUCCUGCCCAGACCCCUCCUGGAGCUUUCACAGAGCCUUUUCCUCCCACUCAGCAGCAGCACCAAGCCCUUGCCAGCUCUCAGUGCUCCAUCACUUGGUUCCACCAAGGAGGGAGGUGUCAGAGGAGAAGCUGCCAGUCGAGGAGUAAAUGUCCUGUCAGAUGAGUGAGGGACAGUGUUCGAUGUCUUGCUGCCUCUGGGGCUUUUCCUGUGCUACAGCAGGACCUCAGAUCCGUGGGAUCCCUUGGGAAUGCCCAGAGCCGUGAGCUGAGCCCCUGCCCCGUGUCAGACCCGACACUGUCGCUCUGUAGCAAUAAGAUCUCCCUGUUCCCUGUGUGGGACCUGUCCCCUCACCACUGUCACCUCCUGGGGCUCCUGAAGUGUCCCUGAGCAAACCCUGGGGAAUUCUGCUGAUGCUAGGCCAGAAAUGGUGAACCAAUGACAGUGGGUUGCCCUGAAAUUUAAUCUUUUCUAUUGAAUGUUUGGGGAGUUGCUGUUUAAUUUUGGGUUUAGUUUGGCUGCUCAGCUGAGGACUUGUUCCUGUUAGGAGUCCUUUAUUUGUAACUCGACGGGAGUUUAGCUCACAUAGAUGAUGGUGUUUUCAUAGACCCUGAGGGGUUCCUCAUCUGUAGCAGCUGGGUUGGAACUUUUGGCUCCUGGAACAAGGAAUGAUGACUGGCAGGAUCUUCUGUAGCAUCUCUGACAGUGGGAGCCAGAUGAGCAGCUCAGCCUUAAUGGUGGGAAUAUUGUAGGGUGGAGUGGAUGAGCACAGACACGGCCAACCCUUGCUUUUUACAACCAAAGUUCCUUAAAAAGACACUUCCAGCCUCACUGGGCUUGAAUCCUUGUUCUCACCUCCUGGGGGUUCUCGUGGCAGUCCCUGCUGUGGCUGUGGAUGGGCUGGGAUUGUAUUUUCGAGUGGGCUGGGGGCUGGGAGAGAGGGUGACCUUCCCCCCCAAGGAAGGAGACGUGUUCCAAAAGGAUCAACAGCUUUAGGAGCCGUUUUCCAUGGUCCCUUGAAACUCACUGGUACUUUAAUUCUCCUUUUUUUUCACUCUGGGAAGGAAGGCUGGUAGUGGGUGACCUGCCCAGUGGUGCCAGGUGCCAGCCCAGGCUGUCAGAGGGGGAACACUCUGCCCAGGCCGUGAGGAGUGUGGUCCACGCCGUAGCAGUGUCAUGGUGACAAGCAAACAUCAGGAGAUCCUUGCUGCAGCCAGUCUGAAAGGAGAAGCUGUUCCUCGCUCGUACGUUCCAUUUCCCAAACCUCCUCCUGGGAGCUGAAUUCUUGUUUCAUCAAGCAAAGGAUUUAAUGUUCUCCUGUCCCUCCUGGCCCUCCCUGCCCUCAGUAACUCGUGUGCAUUUCCUUCCUUUCUGUAGAUGCAGAUGUUCUAGGCAAUACCACAGAGCACCCGCGCUGCGAGUGCCACCAUGUCAUCUUAAAAAAUACAAAAAAAAUAUACAAAAAAUAUACAAAAAAUAUCUUUUUUAGGCCAGAGUUUUCUACAGGUAUUAAUGAAUAUUUUUCUUAAUCCUUAUAAGUUUUAUGUGUUUAAUAUUUCUUAAUACCGGUAGCAUUAAUUUAUACUUUUGUAGCAACACAAUAUUUUUAUAAACCGCCACCGCUGGCUUUGUCUUCAUAACGGGAAACGUGCGGGCAGCUGGCCCCGCGCUGUACCAUGUACUGUAUUUAAAAGGUUAUCUAAUGUCACACUUGCUGUGUUAAUAAACAAAACAAAACCUGUUUGAAGUCUCAUGUAUUGUUGGUGUGGAUCAAAUGACUCACUAGAGAGCAAUAUUGCACGGGGUUGAGUUGCUGAUUUUCAUUGUGAUAUGCGAACACUUGAGGCCAACUCAAGUUCUGAGGUUUUUGGGUUUUGUUUUUUAUUUUUUUUUUGUUUUGUUUUGUUUUAGGAUUUUGUUUUGGUUUUGUUUUGGGUUUUUUUUUUUCAGCUAAAUAAAUUCAGUGCUGUUUGAAACUUAGACUGACGUCAAAUGAAAAGGAUUAUUAAAGAAAAAAAAAAUAUCAAGGUGUUUAAAUGUUGCUGUUUUUACAAGUCUGUUGCUGUCUGAAUGGAAAUAUUCCACGAGAGAGGAGGAAUAGUUCCACUUAGCUUCCAAAGGGGCCGAGCACUCCAGGCCAGAGCUCGGUUAUUUGGAAAUACCUUAGAGACAUGUUUCUGCAACAUUCUUUUCAGAAUUGAUGCCAAGGCAGAAGACAAACUGUAACUGUAAGAAAGCAUCCGUUGCUUGAGGAUUUUCAUGUCAGUGUUGUAUUUAUGGUUUUACAAUAAAACAACCU